AUGUCCCAUUCCCAGCAAUUCUUGGAGCCUCUACCGUUGAACUACAGCCUAGCGAAACGGAAAUUUCGUAUCCUGAUCUUCUGGCUGUUGGUGAUUUUGGACUCGUUUAUCUUUCCCAUAGGGCUCUACUACCUCCUGACCAGAACCACGACGUGGUCCACUACGACUAGUACGCUACCCUCUAUCUUUGCACUAUGGAGAUCUAACUGCCCGUUUGUUUCCGCAGUUUUCAAUAUCUUGACAGCGACCUUGCUAGGGACCUUCGUGACCGAGUCAUUGCUGAGAUCGUGGAGUUUGUGGCGGAAGAACUCUAGAUGUCGCGUUCCCAACGCAGGCCGCUACUAUGUAACAAUCCUUCCUCAGCAUCCUGCUCCCCUUCUCCCGCCCAGAAUUUUCCUAACUCAAUCCAUAAAGUUUGAUUUCACACACUGGAACGUCCUCGUCUCCUGGGUCAUCAUCAUUGCCGAACUUGUCGUCGGAACCAUUCCCGACCCACCCUGGAUGCGCCUGCUGGCCUUGCCCGUGCCUUCCAUUUUCUUCAUAUUCGGCCUCGAAAUGCUGGUCUUCGAGGCUCUGUACGUCUUCAAAAAGCCCACACCGUUCCGCAUCUCUUCCAGUCCGAAAGGCAGCCCAAUGCGUCCCGCCAUCUAUCCGUUUCUGGAAGACAUCAUCGCGGUCGACGGCAAAGGGGGGACCAGGUUCCGGGAACGCCUGGAUCAGCGGUACAAGGCCAGCCCGCCAUUUCGCGGCAUGCUGCACCGGGUGACGAUGCUAUGGGCGGUUCCUCAAGUGAUGGUGGCGGGAGGGACUCUGGCGGGGAUUGUGAUUGCGGACCAUGAGCUGGCUUACACGGUAUAUUGUCUGGACUUCAAGGUGUGA